UGAAGCAGCAGUAGGGCGGCUGAGUAUCCGCUGUGCUGGGAAUUUGUACCUCAUAAAAAGCAGCAAACCGCUAUCUCAAACUAAAGACGCUGUGAAACUCUCGCAAGGGUUUCUGCAUCCCUUGUCAUACGGCUUCGGUUUCGCGCUAUUUACGAAGGGCUCUCUCCCCCUGUGGUUGUCACACAGGUCUGAUGCUGCAGCUGCUGCUUCCUGUACUCAAGCACCACCAACCAGAGCCAAAGCCCUUUUCGCUUCAGAUCGCAUACACCGUGAGUGUCAGAGAUUUUUUUUGUCGCUGAGACGCUGCCGUCCUGUGGAGGGUAACCCGACCGAGUCGGUUUGAGAACCGGUAAAACCACGGCGGUUUGUUGUCUUCUUCGCGAGAGGCUGCACUUUUGGACUAAGCAACGCAGGACACGGUUUUUCUUCCAGGAGCUGGUGCUAGCUAGUAGCGGCUAGGUGACUAAUGGCUAGUAGCAGCAGACUGAGUUUCGGACAAAGAGAAGAUACGUUUAUCUGCUGCCCAGCUCCUUAGUGCUUUAUUCGAGUAAGUCGUUUGGGGGUAGUUCAAGAAAUGGCUCCCAAAAGAAGACCCUUGCCCCUGAACAUAACGCCCAUUGGGGAGGCACAGGCCACCUCCAACACCAUUGAUGCUGCAUCUGAAGCCAAUCUUGAGGCCUUACAGAAGAAACUGGGUGAGCUGGACCUGGAUGAACAACAGAAGAAACGACUUAACGCCUUCCUCACCCAGAGGGCUCAGGUUGGGGAACUGAAGGAUGAGGACUUUGAACCCAUAUGUGAGUUGGGCGCUGGAAAUGGAGGAGUGGUGAACAAGGUCCGCCACAAACCCUCGGGUUUGGUCAUGGCCCGUAAGUUGAUCCACCUGGAAAUCAAGCCUGCCAUCAGGAACCAGAUUAUCAGAGAGCUGCAGGUGCUGCAUGAAUGCAACUCCCCUUACAUUGUGGGCUUCUAUGGGGCUUUUUAUAGCGAUGGUGAGAUCAGCAUCUGUAUGGAGCACAUGGAUGGUGGGUCAUUGGACCAGGUCCUGAAGGAAGCCAGAAGAAUCCCAGAAGAUAUCCUGGGAAAAGUUAGCAUAGCUGUACUGAGAGGAUUAGCCUACCUGAGGGAGAAGCACCAGAUCAUGCACAGAGAUGUCAAGCCCUCCAACAUUCUGGUCAACUCUCGCGGGGAGAUCAAGCUGUGCGACUUUGGUGUGAGUGGCCAGCUCAUUGAUUCCAUGGCAAACUCCUUUGUUGGAACUCGCUCCUACAUGUCGCCGGAGAGACUGCAGGGCACUCACUAUUCGGUUCAGUCUGAUGUGUGGAGCAUGGGCCUGUCCCUGGUGGAGCUGGCAAUUGGCCGCUACCCCAUCCCCCCACCAGAGACCAAAGAACUGGAGGCCAUCUUUGGACAGGCUGUUCUAGACGGAGCAGAGGGAGAGCUGCACACCAACAUGCAGAGGCCCAGACCUCCAGGCAAACCAGCUAGCGGACAUGGGAUGGACAGUCGACCUGCCAUGGCCAUCUUUGAACUUUUGGACUACAUUGUAAAUGAGCCGCCGCCAAAGCUGCCUCAUGGCGUCUUCACCAAUGACUUCCAAGACUUUGUGACAAAUUGUUUGAUCAAAAACCCAGCUGAGAGAGCAGAUCUAAGGAGGCUGAAGAGUCACACGUUCAUCAAACGAUCAGAAGUGGAGGAAGUGGACUUUGCCGGCUGGUUGUGCAAAACCAUGGAGCUCAACCAGCCCAGCACUCCCACCCGCAGCACUGAGUGAACAGAAGCCCUCUUCCUCGCCCCCCCACCCCCCUCCACUGCCCUGACACACACCUCUGGGUCUUGCUUGCAUACACAUACAUAGUAUACUGUACAUACACGUACGAAGGCCAUCUCACAUAUUGGCUCUUUUUUUCAUCUUGCUCUUGGGUAAAAAUGGUUCCGGGCUUCCCUCUACAUUUAUUUCCCCAACAGCAGGGCACAUUGAGUCGUACUGUAAGACCACAGCUUCACGAUGCCAUUGUCGAAAGUAGUUGCAGCUCACUUUUCCACGCAGAUAAAGGGGAUGUACAGCACUUAAGGGCUGCUAGUGUGUUGACUGAAUCUGCAUUGAUUGACAAAAUUAUUUUGUAUUGUUGAAUACUCUGUAUUAAUCUUUUCUAUGGCAACAGUUGAUGGCUUGUGGGAUUUUAAUAAAUUACCUGCUAUAGAGCUUUGUCUGGCUGAAAUUGCACAGCCUGAGAUUCAAACUGAUAUGUAAUGUAUUACCUGCAAAUUCUAAAUUGGUUUUAUUUUGGGAGGAUGCUGUUAUUUUGAUUUAAAAUCCCUUUGUCGCACUUACUUUUCCUCGAACUUGCACUUGCCUCCAAUAAAAAAAGAAAUUGUGAGUAGAGUACACAGGACAAAUGGGCCUAUGCGGAGUCAUUUACAAUAUUUUGGUAAUUGAGCAAUCACUCAAAAUCACUUAGUGAACAGUGUCACAAACCAAAGAGGGUACUCAUGACUACUAAUGCCUAAAUCAGUUUUUUUUUAAUGUACAUUCAUGAACAGUAUAUCAGUGUAUUUUGAAUGUUUUUUUGCUCCAAUUAGUGACCUACACUCUUCAGCAUACAUUUCAAUUCACACCCCCAUGCCUGACUCAAGGCCAGAAUGUCUCCUUUUUUGAAGUUGAGAAAACAACGAUCAAGCUGUAUUCAUGGGUUGAAAUAGCAUGGCUUAUUAUCUUUCUAAUACUGUGUGUGUGUGUGUGUUUUAUUUCCCAACAUCAUGAUGGGGAUGAUUAGCUGGUGUUUUUAUCAGAUGCUUGAACCUCUGCAGUGUCGAAAUGGACUUUCAAUCACGGUGAAUAAUUUAACUUCUAUUUUUCUUAGUUGUUGGUCUGUACUAUUCCCCUGACGUGUAUUCCGUUAUAUUUUCACUACUGCUAUGUGUUGCGCUCCAAGCUUUUUCUUGGGACCUGACCAGAAGAGGUGUGCUUUCAGAAAAGACUGGUUGAACACAAUUGAAAACCUUUUCCUUGUGGUCUAAUCCAGAAAUUGUUGACUGCAAAUUUCAAGUAGUACGAAGGAUUUGGUGGCAGAAUUUAACCCAGGUCAGUGUUGGUCACAUGGUGGUGGUGGUGCUGGUGGUGGUGUUACUUGCUAGCCUCCUGUCUUGCUAAAGCACUUGUAUUCUCUGUAAUGGCUGCUCUUAGCCCCCACCCACCCCCAAAAUGUGUAUUGUUCAGCGCUAAAUGGGUACGUUGUCACUCGUAUGUGUACAAAGCUAUAUACAAAUACAGGAGUACUAUUUUGCAGUCUUAAUAUACAAAUUUUUGAUUUAUGUAAAUGACAAGGGAGAAGAGUCAUUUUAUUAUAAUAUAAAAAAAAUGUGUUUAUGGUUAAAAUGUAUAAAAAAUGAAAAUAAAACUUAUUUGUGAAUGUA